CGGAAAAGAAGAGAAGCACUCUUGUGAGAGAGAGAGAUAGCGUCCAUUUGAGCAAGAAAAAGGCCAAAACUAAAACCAAAACCCAUCAUUCCUUCUUCUCCUCUCUCUCAUGGUACAUUAGAUUCCAAAUAUUAUAAAUCUACGAUCAAGCAUUAUCAUCUGCUUGGCUUACAAUUCUGAAAAUGGAUCUUCAUUAACAUUCUCAUUUCUUGAUUCUAAACAAUCUUUUUUUGGAUAAUUUAUCAUCUGAAAUUCUGCAUUUUUUUAGAAAAAAUCAAGAGAGAAUUAAAAGUUGGAAGCUUUUGAUUUCAUCCACCUUCUGUUUUUUUUUGGGUGAAUUGUUAUCUUUCGGUUUUCGAAUUUACUUUGAAAAUUGUUGAUCUAAUAAUGGCUGAGAUUCACACUGAUGUUGAUUCCGUUCACGACGUUGUCACUGACGGAAUUGAGAAGAGCCUCGUGACGGAUUCUAAACCGGAAUCGGAAUCGGACCUCAAACCUAAAUCCGAAACAAAACCGGAACCGGAGGUUGAUCAGAUGAAGAAGCUUGUGCUGAAUCCUGAAGCUAAAGAGUUUGUCCCUUCUUACAAGAAGAAGAACAAUCAGUCUCUGUCUUCUGAGGAUUUUGCCACAGCUAAGAAGAAGCUGUCUGGUGAUGAGGACAACAAAAAGGAUGCCAAUUUCCGGAGGAGAGGAAACAAUUAUAACCAAGGGAGGAAAGUGAGGCUAACUGGAAGAGCUUCCAAGGCUCAAAGAGAGGAUAGUAUCAGAAGAACAGUAUAUGUCUCUGACAUUGAUCAGAGUGUGACUGAGGAAGUCUUAGCUGGCUUGUUCAGCAGCUAUGGACAAGUUGUUGAUUGUAGAAUCUGUGGAGAUCCACAUUCAGUUCUUCGCUUUGCCUUUGUUGAGUUCUCUGAUGACCAUGGUGCAAGGGCUGCUUUAAGUGUUGGUGGAACAAUGAUCGGUUAUUACCCAGUGAGGGUCUUGCCUUCUAAAACUGCUAUUCUUCCAGUCAAUCCCACAUUUCUCCCCAGGUCAGAAGAUGAGAGGGAGAUGUGUUCAAGAACCAUCUACUGCACUAAUGUUGACAAGAAUGCCACUGAAGAUGAUGUCAAAAUCUUCUUUGAGUCUGCCUGCGGUGAGGUUAGUCUAGAACCCGGAAACUACUACUACAUGUUCUUUCUCUCUCCCAAUGAUAAUAACACUUGUUCUGUUAUACAGGUAACUCGCAUAAGGCUUCUUGGUGACCAGUUGCAUUCUACUCGCAUAGCUUUUGUAGAAUUUGCCAUGGCAGAGAGUGCAGUUGGGGCGCUCAACUGCAGUGGAGUAGUCUUAGGAUCUCAACCGAUAAGGGUAAGCCCUUCAAAGACACCAGUGAGACCAAGAUUCAGUCGAUCACCAUCCACAAACUAGAGGAGAGAAACAGAACCCCGAGAGAGGCUUUGUUGGUGCAGGAGAGUGAUGAAACAUUUCGGUUUUUUUUUCCUUGAGUAAUUUUUUUUUGCUUUUCAGUUAUCUUUUUAAUUAUUCUCUAGAGCAGAGAUAUAUCUCCAGUUCUGUAGUAUCUGGAAACAAAAAGCAAGGAUGAACAUUGCUUCGUAAACUUGGGAGUUCUUGUUCUGAGACUCAUUUCAGUUUAAACCAUUUUCUCAAAUGGAAUUUUAUGGUUUCAUU